CAAUAUUUGCGGAACAACCAUCUCGUUAAGUAUUCAUUUUGAAACAACAGUCAUCACUACACAACAAUCAUGAGCGGACGCGGCAAAGCAGGAAAAGCCAAAGAAGGCAAGUCCAAGACCCGGUCGUCCCGCGCCGGUCUCCAGUUCCCGGUCGGUCGCAUCCAUCGUUUGUUGAGAAAGGGAAACUACGCAGAACGCGUCGGAGCCGGAGCACCGGUGUACCUAGCAGCCGUCAUGGAGUACUUGGCAGCUGAAGUUUUGGAGUUGGCCGGUAACGCCGCCCGUGACAACAAGAAGUCCCGUAUCAUUCCCAGGCAUUUGCAAUUGGCCAUCAGAAAUGACGAGGAAUUGAACAAAUUGUUGUCCGGAGUAACCAUCGCUCAAGGUGGUGUGUUGCCCAACAUCCAAACCGUUCUUUUGCCCAAGAAGGCAGAAAAUAAAUAAGGCAGAAGCAUAAUAAAUUAUUUCUUUAUCCACACACGCAUCCUAUUAAUAAUUAAAAAAGCAGCCUUUCUCAUGUGUGUUGCCCAACAUCCAAGCCGUGCUCUUGCCCAAGAAGACAGAAAAUAAAGCGUAAUAAAUUAUUUCUUCAUCCGCACACGCAUCCUAUUAAUAAUUAAAAAGGCCAUUCUCAGGGCCCA